AUGAAUGGAGGCGAUAUUAAUGUUUCAAAAGAUAUAGUAACAUGGAAUCAUUUAGAAAAUGUUAUUAUUCAUAACCAAUCUAUUGAUUACGAAAAGAAAAAUAAAAAAGCCUUUGAUUAUUUGACAGACAGAGGGGUAAACAAAUAUACCAAUACUGAUUAUAUUAAAGAGAUUCAAAAAUAUUUUUCAUAUUUAAUAGAAAAUAAAAUUAAAGAUAAAAAUGAUGCCGGGUACGAAAUUCAGAAUCCUAUAACAAAAUUAAACGAAAUGUAUUUUCCAUAUCGAAUUUGUAAAAUUUCGCAUAGUAGAUAUAUUAACAAUCCUAUAAAAUAUCAAUUGAUGUCAAUAUCUUAUUUUUACGGAAGUAAUAAAACGUCUUCUAAUGAUGUGAUUUGGAAAAAAGGUGAUGCAAAGAUAUUAUUAACAAUAGCUUAUGAUAGAGCAAUGCAAAACAAAGAAAUUAUUUUAGACAUUCUUCAAAAUAUAAAUAAAAAUUCUUAUUCUAAUUUAGAUUACAUAAAUAAAACACAAAAUUAUUAUGAAUAUGUAUUACGUGUUUAUAGAGAAGGUUCGAAACAUGAUACUAUUGAACUUGUUAAACAAGAAUUGAAAUUAUUGAAAGAAGAUAUUAAUUUAAUCAAAAGUUUGUAUGAAAAAGAGGUGAAAUCACUAAGACAAGAAUUUGAUUCGUUCAAGAAAUCGAUCGAAGAACAAAAAAAGAUUGAUAUGUUGGUGACAGAAAUAUGCACAAUAUUGAGUAUAAAUUCAGAUAAUAAUUUAUUAAAAAUACAUAAUGCUUUGGUACCAAGUAACAACAUAGAUAAUGAUACAGAUCAAAAAGAAAUUAUCAAAUUAAUAUGUAACGUUUUUGACAUAGAACAUAUACAAAAUAACGAUUAUUAA